AUGGUGUCGGACGACAAUGGCAUUGAGGCGCUAGUCUCUCAGCUCACACUUGACGAGAAGCUCAGUCUCAUGGCUGGCGCAUCAACAUGGCGAACCACGGCCAUUCCUCGCUUGGGUAUUCCAAACAUGAAGCUCUCGGACGGCCCAUCUGGUGCCCGAGGUGAAAUUUUUGGGGAGAGUGUGCCUGCAGCAUUCUUCCCGAGCGGCGUCAGCUUGGGUGCCACGUGGGAUGUAGAUCUCAUGUAUGAGAUAGGUGAAGCUCUUGCGGAAGAGUGCAAAACCAAGUCGGCCUCUGCCAUCCUGGCUCCAACAAUGGGCAUUCACCGUCAUCCCCUUGGUGGACGCAACUUUGAGUCCUUCAGCGAAGAUCCCUACUUGACAGGAAAACUGGCGUCGGCUCAUGUACGCGGUGUGCAGUCUCGGGGAAUAGCUGCAACACCGAAACACUUUGUCGCCAACGACCAAGAAACCCUCCGCUUCAAGUACAAUGCCAUCAUCUCUCAGCGUGCGCUUCGAGAGGUCUAUCUGCUGCCCUUUCAGAUGGUUGUUCGCGAAGCAGACCCGUGGUGCAUGAUGACAUCCUACAACUUGGUGAACGGACACCACAUGAAUUCCCAUACGGAGAUCCUUACGGAUAUCGUCCGAAAAGAGUGGGGAUGGGAAGGCCUGUUUAUGAGUGACUGGGGAGGAACCAACACCUCGGCCGAGUCUAUCAAUGCAGGCCUAGAUCUUGAGGUGCCUGGUCCACCACUCAGAAGGACCAAAGAUGCCCUGGAGGUUCCCAUCAGGGAAGGACUGCUUGACUUGAAGUGCAUUGACGACUCAGCCCGGCGUUUGAUCAGCCUUUUGCGGAAGACGGGGCGCCUCCAGGAUUCACGAGACAGCCCUGAAUUCUGCAAAAACGAUCCAGACGUCAACAUGUUGCUGUUUCGGGCAGCUUGUGCAGGCAUCGUCAUGCUCAAGAACGACGCAAGCAGUCUCCCUAUCCAACCUUCAGAGAACAUCAAGAAACUCGCCGUCCUCGGUCCGAAUGCCAAGAAGGUCGUCGCUGGCGGCGGAGGCAGUUCCUACAUCAGAGCGCCAUAUUGGACAUCUGUCUUUGAGUCAGUGGAGAAGGAAUUCGAUGGCACUUCAACCAAUGUUGUUUUUGCCCCUGGAGCGAAGGCCAAUCGAUACCUGCCGACAAUACGGUCGGAAUUUGUUCGAAAUCCCGACACGGAUAGCCCGGGCGCUGCUGUUGACUGGUUCAUCGGCCACGAUUUCGAUGCUAAGCCAGUUGCAACAACCCACAUUGACGACCUCUAUUUUAUAGCCUACGGUGUGAUGCCACCUGAGAUCAACCGCGAGACCGGCUUUGCCUUCCGCAUUCGCACCAUCCUUACACCCCCUACUUCUGGUCAACAUCAACUAUCUCUUGCCAGCAUUGGGCCCUCGAAGCUCUUCCUCGAUGGUGUUGAAAUCGCAUCUCCGUCAGGUGCCUUUGACGAGAAGGGCUCUUUAUUCUUCACUUACGGUAGUGAGGAAACCAUCAUCGCCCUGGAUGUUAAAGCCGGAAGGGACUACGCGAUCCGCGUCGAUUAUCUCUCUCACGAUAGGCAACUAAGCAGAACCCUGCUUGUUGAGAUUGAUCCCAUGGAAGAUAAAUUCCAAGGAGCGAGAAUUGGUUAUCAAGAGCAAGACUUUGUCGAUCAGGUCAAACAAGCCGCGUCACUGGCCGAGGAUGCUGACGCCGCCAUCAUCGUGGUCGGCCGAGACAAGGAAUGGGAGACGGAAGGUCAGGACAUUCCUUCGUUCGAGCUACCUGGAGAGCAGGUGAGUUUAAUUGAAGAGGUUGCCACAGUAUGCAAGCGCACCAUUGUCAUUGUCCAGGCUGGAACGCCCGUGCAGAUGGACUCCUGGAUCAGCAAGGUCCAAGCUGUGCUGUUCACUUGGUACCAAGGCCAGGAGUUGGGCAACGCUGCUGCUUCGGUCAUCGUCGGCAAAUACAAUCCCUCUGGACGUCUUCCCAUCACUUUCCCCAAGAGAGUCGAAGACUGUCCCGCUUUCUCAUCCUUCCCAGGAGACCAAGGCGUGUCCGAGUACUCCGAGGGCGUCUAUGUCGGGUACAGAUGGUGGGACUUAAUAGACACGCUGCCCAUGUUGCCUCUUGGCUUUGGGCUAUCGUACAGCACUUUCGAGCUCAAGGCAGGCCAGAUCAGUUCUCCCAUUCUCUUAAAAAACUCCGUGUUGACUCUUUCUGUUCAUGUACGCAACACUGGCGGGAGCGACGUGGCUGGCCGAGAGACCGUCAUCGCUUGGAGCUCUCAGAGGGCCCCGAGGCGUUUGCGAAGACCCAAAAAGCAAGUGUGUGCUUUUGGUAAAUCGCCCACCUUGGCGUCUGGGGACCAAGCAACUGUUAACCUCCAGCUGGAUGCAUAUAGCCUGGGAGUGUAUGAUCUAAAGAAGAGGAUAUGGAUUAUAGAUGCCAAUAGCGAGUUUGAUAGCCUAAUCGGGACCACUGCGCUAAAUGCAUCUCCGGCUUGGGCAGUUAAGGUCCCAAAGGAGAUCACUUGGGUUCACGAGUUAAGCUAA